CAAAUCACUAUUCACCGUUUUCUUCACGUUCGCUUAGAAUAAGAGUGUUUUAGUGCUUAAAUAGUUAACAUUCCACAAACAGGCGAUUUCCAAUCUGGGAGAUAUCCUGUAGCUGAGAGUUGGGGGAAGUAGAGUUUGGAUCAGACGCCGAGGGAGAGGUAAAGAGUGAAAAUCGGCAGCAGUUUAGGGAUAUGUAAAAGAUCAUGAUGGUUUUGGAGAUGCCAUUACUCACUAUUGUUUUGGGCCUAACAAUCUCUGUGGUUGUAGCAGAGAGUGAAAGCAGAAUCUGUAAGGUGGCCCCUCACUGGGAAAUUGACGACCAUAGCCCAAUGGUGGAACAGAUUGGCCACGUUGUUGUUGUGGCCCUUCUCAAAGCAAGCUGCGGGUUCUGUCUAACUCAAGCAACUAAAUUGGGCAACUUGCGGAACAAGCUUGAACAUCAGGGUCUGAAGGACAUACACUAUAUGAUAGUAAAUGAGAAAACGCCUCAAUCUAGGGCCAUGCUGUGGGAACUCAAACGCCAUACACCUGAGGAUAUCCCUGUCUACCAGCAAUCACCAUUUCAAAGUGAUAUCUGGAGCAUUUUGCAGGGUAACAAGGACGACUUCCUCAUCUAUGAUAGAUGUGGUAAAUUGACCUUUCAUAUCGUGUUACCAUAUAGCUACCUCCAAUUUCGCUACACUGAAGCAGCAAUCCGAGCUACCUAUAGCAAAGAUAUAUGUGGGAAUUGUGGAAUCAGUGAUAUCAAUCUUGAGAAUUACAAGGAAAACUUGUUUCAAUUUAACACUACAAGUUUUGUGAUAAGUCCAACUUUUGAAAAUGUAACAACUCAGCCCGUGCAACAACAUGUACCGAAUUAGCCUCAUCCUGACCCCAAACUCUCUUCAAGUCCUACCACUCCACAUCACUUCAAUAGCAGCCAAGAUGGAAAUCUGGAGACUGGUAAUACUGAGGGAUUGAAAUGAGUGUAGUUAGAAUAUCAGGAACAACAAUUAAACAACUGGCUGUGAUACAGCAACUGUCAGCACCAUCCAUGAUGUUGCUAAAAUAAAUCCUGGUUCAAUGUUAAUUUUGAUUUGUAAUAUUUGAGGUGUGUACUGUAUAAGCAUGUCCCACACCAAACACUUUUGUGUUAUUAUCAAGUGUUCUUUCAAUGAAGAAAUCUGGAUAUGACUAUUUAGAGUGAAAUACCACUAAAACCAUUAAGGCAAGAUUGAAAUGAGCACUGUCUCAUGUAUUGUCCCAUGAACUUGUAGCCAUUGUUUUUGGAUGCACAGUAAAGUGCACUCCAGAUCAAAAGCAUACUCUGUGCUAGUUUCUUUGAGUGUGGAAAAUAAGGGGAGUAAUCACCAUGACUUGUAUCUCAGCUUAUUCAAGUAUCCUCUUUGGGAACAGGUGGAGAGAAGGAAUCCGGGACUGACAAGACAAAUAUCGGCUUUUUUGGAAAGCCUCUUGAGGAUCAUUUUAGAAAAACUGAGGAUGACGUUUUGUAAUUAAAUUUAUCUUUUUGCAUAUUUCAGGGUUUUUAAAAUCUAAUCAAGAAAGAUGAUUCUAUGAAUGUUCACUUAUUCAAGGAAGGAACUGGAGAACUGCUAUCUUAGCAUAGAAAAUUCUUGAUGGUUUAACGUUACAAUGAAAAGUUGACAUUAAUCAUUAAUAUUGUGUUCAUGCGCUCAAUGAAGUCUUUAUUAGCAACUAGUUACAAACUACAGACAGAUACAAAAUAGAGACAAGCCAAAAGGAAAGCUUUUGACUGAUAUUACUUUUGGAAGAAAGUAAUUAUUCUGCUUAGAGAUUUGCACAAUUUUGUUGUUUGUUUUUAGUGGAACACAGGAAAACUGUAACCCAGUUGACAAGGCAUUAGAUGAUUACAUAAACUUAACAGUACUAAUUCCAAAACAUUUGUAAAUUUUUAAUUUCUGUCAACCAUUCCCCCUUUCACUUUUGCGUCCACCUUUGAUUAAAUGAAAGGUGGAUGCAAAAGUCUUACCUUUGGUCAGUUUGGCCCUUUCACCCAUGCCCACUAGAGAUAUGGUGACAAGCCAGCUUCCAAUGACUCCUGGAAAUUUUUGAAUGUAUGCAUUAGUUAUUUCAGUUUUGUCUUCACCUGUAAAGAAGUAUAUCAGUGUGGCAAGUCCUAAAUCAAUAACUGAGUAGUGUUGGAGGCUGAAUCUCCACUGCUAGGACUAGAACAUACAGUGUCAGUAUGAUUUUUCUUCACAUCCAGUCUUUCUCUAGCAGUGGUUUGUAUUAAGAUACAAUUUUGAGUUACAGCUGCCUGUGCAAAAUAGUCCCUGUGAGUGCAUGUAGCAGUGCAUUUUCACUUUAUUAAUGUUGCUAGUUUUAGUCAUCGAGCAGGACAGAUAUUAGCUAGGCUAAUGCCUUUCAGUAAGGGUAUGUUACAUUUUGGCAGAAUGAGGAAAACUUUCAUAAAUAAUUACCUAAUGAUUUCAACUAAUUUACCCAAGCAGGAAUAUGUUCCAGUCUGUGCCCAAGAAGACUUGUAUAAUUUUUGUAAAUAAUUCUUCUGUUCCUUGAAUAAAUGACAGUGAUCAAUAAAUCACUAAA